AUGGCAGACCCCAAGGAAGAAUUGAGGGAGGAAAGUACUAGGGUUGGAGUAGAAGCACCAGAGGUACUUGGACAAAAACUAGGUCCUUUUGCUACUGGUGAGGGGGACUUGGGUGAAGAAGAGAUUGCAUUAGAAGUUGAUGAGGAAGAUACUGAUCAGGUAGGAGAGAAAGAAGUGAGGAAAGAAAGUAGUACCAGUAGUGAUGAUAAAGCACUGGAAAAUCUGAUUGCCAGAAUGAAAGAGAAGAGACGGGAUGAGGCAAAAACCACCUCUAGGAGGGUGAAAGCUAUAGCCAAGAAGGUUGUGUUGCCUCUAGAGUCUGUUACUCUUGAAGGUAGAACUCCUAAUACUAGAGGAAAAAGUAAGACUUCACUUGAGAAGACUUUUGAUGAGAGUAAGAAGAAGAAGAAAAGUAGUCAUAAGUUCAGACUAGUAGAUAAGUCUGAUGUGGAGGAGGUUGAUCUAGUGAGUGAGGUAGAGUAUAAGAAGAAGAAGAAGAAGAAGAAUAGGAGGAGGAAGUCCCUCUUCAGAAAAAAGGAAAGAAAAAGGCUGAAUCUUCUUCAUCCACUACAAGGAGAGGUCUUCCAGAAAAAGAAAAUAUGA